AUGUCUAAAGUUACUUCUUCUCUUUGCUUGAUAGUGUUCUUCUUCCUCUUGUUAACUUUCACUUAUGCAACAAAACUUGGCCAUGUUUCUUCCCCUAUCAUCUCAACCAAUACUCCAUAUCAGGUUUUGGAAGAUGAAAAGGUCAACAUAGAAGAAAAUUGUGAAGGUAUUAAUGAAGAUGAUUGUUUGAUGAGAAGAACACUUGUAGCUCAUACAGAUUAUAUCUAUACACAGAAGCAAAAACCAUAG